AUGGUUACUAACAUGAUUAGCCAACUACAAGAGAGCUUCCUGCUCAGGCACGCUGCCGGUUAUAUUGAAAUUUCAUUCACAAAAUGGCUUCAAGAUGCAAAGACGGUACAGUUACCAGUGACUCUCAAUGAGCUGUCAAAUUUUCACAUCAAAAUUUUUCAAGCAUGUAGAACGUUUAGGAAGAUUUGCCGAGGUCUCAGAAAGUGAUGUUGAAAAAUUCAUUGCAGGGGAAGAAAAUGCAAACACUUAACAAAAGACCUUCUAUGACUUAAAAUUAGUAAAAAAAGUUUCUGGUAAAAGAGCACCAUGAAAUCAGAGAAAUAGAGAAGAUUCCUCCAACUGAAUUAGACAGCUACUUGAGCCAGUUUGUUUUAGCUGCGAGGACCAAGACUAGCAAAGAUUAUGAACCGUCAUCUCUCAGUGGAGUUCGGGCUAGUGUUGAACGACAUUUAAGUCACUCCAGUUAUGGCAUAACUAUCUUCAAAGACAGUCGUUUCAAAAAAACAAGAAACACGAAAGUGAAACAAAAGCAACUCAAACAACAUGGACUUGGAAACAGACCAAAAGCCACAUUGGCUCUUAUGAAUGAUGAAAUUGGGAUUCUUUUUGACAAAUAG